GGCCGUCGCUGCCCCAACUUCCAUCCCUCCUCUCUGGUCUCUGCAGGACAAUGGCUUCUGACUCUGCCGAUGAGGCAGACAAGUCGCGGUCCCGCAAGUCUAGCGUCCGCAAGCGUGCUCAGCUAUGGAUGACCAAGGGAGGUCUUGUCCGUGACGACUCCGACGACGAACUCGGCGAGGAAGACCACCCGUGGGAGUGGAUCUAUGACCACAACGACGAGAACAACAAAGAAAGCGAGCAGGCGACUAUAGAAGAUACCCCGAAAUCGAGCCGAAGACGCACCCCUCGCCCCAAUGCCAAACGCCGCCGGACUAUUGUCGGAGCUCGGAUGGGCUCGUUCGAAUGCGCCUUGGGCCAGGUGGUGCUUUUGAAAUCCCCAGAACCAGGCAAAGAUUGGAUUGGCAUUAUAACGGAAUUCGUGGAACAGGAGGAUCCGGAUGCUGAGGACGAGAUCAUCAAAUCGGCGAACAUCAUGUGGUUUGCUUCCCCGGAUGAGUUCAUGUCAACCCGGAACAAGCGACGAGCCGACGCUUUGCCCAACGAGCAAUACCUGACUGCCGAUUUUAACGUCAAUCCUCUUACGUCGAUCAGUGGCAAAGCUACGGUGAUGUCCAAGGAUGCAUUCUACGCCAGGUACCCAGACGGUGCUCCCCCGAAAGGAAAAGAGGCCCUCGCGGAGUUCAACAAGUGCAUUGUUGUUCGGAGAGGAGUAAACCAGCUGCAAGGACGUUAUACGGAAGAGUUUGUCUGGGAGGACGUAUACCGUGAGGAUAGGGUCUUUGAUCUCAUCACCUUGAUUAAGGAUGGGUUGAAAGCAGCCAAAAAGCGCAAGCAAGUCGACGACGACUAUGAUGACAAGAAGGACGACACCAAGGAAGAGGAUGAGUUUGUCCCCACCACACCUAGGAAAAGGCAGAAGGUGGCUACAAACGCUACUCCCCAAUCGCGGCGUCAAAAGACCUUUACCACCCCAGCUCAUAAGAGGAUCGUCGUCAAGAAGCCUCUCGAAUUUACACCUCUCGGUACUCGUAUUCUUUCACCCACUCAUUUCGCCUCCCCGUACCGCCAGGCGCGCACGUUGCUGCACGUUUCCACCGUGCCUACAUCGCUUCCAUGCCGAAAAACGGAGUUCGAAACAGUGUAUAGUCAUCUCAGUGCCGCGAUCAUGGAAGGGACAGGGGCUUGCAUCUACAUAUCAGGAACGCCGGGUACUGGAAAGACAGCAACGGUCCGCGAAGUCGUUGCGCAAUUGAAUUCGGCUGUGUUGGCAGAAGAGAUGGACGAUUUUAUCUUCGUUGAAAUCAACGGCAUGAAGGUCACCGAUCCUCACCAAUCUUACUCGCUGCUCUGGGAAGCGCUCAAGGGUGACCGAGUAUCGCCUUCACAUGCUCUCGACCUUCUUGAGCGGGAGUUCUCACAUCCAUCCCCGCGACGAGUGUCCUGCGUCGUUCUUAUGGACGAGCUCGAUCAGCUUGUCACAAAGAAUCAGUCCGUGAUGUACAACUUCUUCAACUGGCCGGCGCUCCGCCACUCUCGCCUUAUUGUCUUGGCUGUCGCAAACACCAUGGAUCUUCCAGAACGUACGCUCAGCAACAAAAUCUCCAGUCGUCUGGGUCUCACCCGUAUCACCUUCCCGGGAUACAAGCACACUGAUCUGAUGGAAAUCAUCAGCACCCGCUUAGCCAACGUACCAGGGAAUAUCGUCGACGCGGACGCCAUCCAAUUCGCCAGUCGCAAGGUAGCCGCCGUUAGUGGUGAUGCCCGACGUGCCCUGGACAUCUGCCGACGCGCCGUCGAAAUCGCCGAACAGGCCAGCGAAGCAGCAGCCCAAGACCCAGACACAGACAAACCCGAUGCAGACGACACUGAAUCCCUACCCCCAACACCCAGCAAGACCCCAGCCCGCAGAGAAAGAUCCCUCAAACAAUCCGCCCAGUCCUCCCCUCAAAAGAAACCACCCACCAAACCACAAACCGUCGGUCGUGUCACCAUCGCCACAAUCAAACAGGCCAUCCACGAAGCCACAUCAACUCCUCUCCAACAGUCCCUCCGCUGUCUCCCCCUCGCCGCUAAGCUCUUCCUCGCCGCCAUGCUAGCCCGGGUCCGACGCACCGGUAUCUCUGAAUCAGCAUUCGGCGACGUAAUCGACGAAGCCAAACGAAUCGCCGACGCGGCCGUGGCUGUGGCCGGAGCAGCAGGCGCCGGUGUCAAAGACUUCCUGCUAGCCGGAGGGACCGGCGCUCGCGUACGAGCUUUGGGCUACGCCGCAAUGGAACUGACGAACUCGGGCGUCCUCGCUCUGGAAUAUGGAGCCGGCGCCAGGGGACCCCUAGGUAGCGCUGCCAUUCCGCAUCGUGGCGAUCGUAGCGGAAAAGUACGACUACGUAUUGCUCCAGAAGAUGUCAAGAUCGCUUUUCGCGAGGAUGAGGAAGCCAAGGGGCUUGGGUUGGGCUUGGAUCAGUGAUUACCACUCACUAUAGUCGGGACCAUCUAGAUGAUACAUUACUUACUGUAUAAGAACAAUGAUACCCAUAUGUGUUAUUAAUAAAACAAUACAAAUACAAACACGACACAACUAUACCAUGAACCUUGACAUCAUUACACAAUCUAGUGACUUCUACAAGUCAACAACAACUAUAAGGACAGACACCUCAGUCUCUAAGAGAUUAUAUGAUACAUUCCUUUUAUGAGCCCUUCCCAGGGCCAAUCUGACAUCCCAAAUAUUUAACGCUAAACUCCUAAGUGCAUACACAGCAUGACAUAACAUCAAAGCUAGAAAAAUCCCCCU